AUGGCCCAAAACUGGCACAACAAGUCAGCUCAGGUCCGUCCUCGCGUCUCCGUGGCUGCCAUGGCUGAUCCCAGCUGGUGGAAGCUGACCUUCUUACGCAAAAAGAAGUCUGAAUCCAAAGUUUUGUAUGAGAUCCCAGCGGAGUAUGGAAGCAACAAUGGAAACAAGGAUCAGCUAAGCACCCCUUCGGAGCACAUGGACAGCCAGUUAAGUGCCAGGCUGGAGAAGAUUGUUGACAAAUCUGCAACCAAGGGCCGCCACGUCAAGGUCUCCCACUCCGGUCGCUUCAAGGAAAAGAGUAAAGUUCGAGCCACGUUGGCUGAGAACCCCACUCUGUUUGCAGAGCACAACCUCAGUGACGAAAAUCAUAAAAAAUAG